AUGGACGAGCCAAGUUUAUCUGCGUUAGAAUUCCAGGAUUACAUUGACAAUGAUAUCCCUGUGUCCGUAUACCUCGCCAUUCUUUGUGUUGUUGGAACUAUCGGUAACGGACACGCGUCGGUGGUUUAUUACUUCCGGUACAAAUCAUCAAACCAUAAGACGUUUGUUGUUUGGUUGGCGGUUGUCGAUUUCAUCGCCUGUUUCUUUAGUAUACCAUUUGAACUCUUUGACAUCCGGUUCAGCUGUACGUUUACCAUAGAUUGGUUGUGUCGAUUCUUCCGAUAUUUGAACCACUUUGUAAGUAUUUGCAGUGGUUCACUUCUUGGUGUUAUCGCGGUAGAGAGGUUCCGAAAGGCGUGUAGGCCGUUCGAUCGACAAUUAGAAGGAAAUGGCGCCAAGAUUGCCUGCAUGUUAACUGUUGUUAUAUCAGCUUUAAUAUCGAUACCUUCUCUUGUGAUGUACGGUGUCCAGGUCGAGGUGGUCGACGGUUACAACAUAAACGGCACAGACUGUAAAGUGCUUGACAAAUUCAAAGGCAGUUUAGCAUUCAAAGGAUUUAACUUAAUGUUAUUGUUAAUAUCCACCGCCGUGUUCACCGCAUGUGUGGUUAUAUAUCUAUUCAUUGGGCGUGUUUUGUACCAACAAUAUAAGUUUAGAAGUUCUCUACAGAUUAAGAAAUCAGUGACUACAUUGUCAGAUAAACCAUCGGCAACAUCGGACAUUAAUCACACCCAGCAAGAGGACGAAUCCAGUGUGGCCAAUCCCGCGAUGUCAAGGACGAAAAUUUGUGAUCAAAACGGAGAUAAACCAAUGCAAACCAAGAAGAAAACCCCAAAACGGUUUGAUAGAAGCAAACAAAUAACAUUUAUGUUUCUUGUGGCGACUGGUGUGUCGUAUUUGGGGUAUCUCCCUUAUCUAAUUCUUACAAUCAUCAAAGCAGUAACGAAGAGUUCCAGUUCAGUUAUCGAUAGCGUGCUUGGCCCGUUUGGCGAUAUCCUGUUGAGGGGCUAUUUUAUAAGUAACGUCACAAAUCCUUUAGUGUACUGUUUCCUUGACGAUAAGUUUCGAGAAGAGUGUAAGACGUUGUAUAAAACACUGGGGGCUCGUAUAGGGAAAUGUUUACAUCGCUCUUAG